CGCGUAAUCCCGGAGCAAAACACCCGAUUUGUCUUGUGCAAGUGCAAAGAAAAACGACCAUCAGCGGAGCGAGCGAUCGAGCGACAGCAAUUAACCAUGGUGAGGCAGAAGCUCGCCGCCCCCGCCGCCAUCCCUGUAAUCUUGCUAGCGCUCCUUGAGGCCGUGGCAGGCCAGAUCUCUAAUCCUCCAAGCUCAAGUCCACCGACAUAUCCGCCAAGCCAGAGCCAGAGCUCACGGAGCUCUGUUCUUCCGCCUGUUUAUCAUCCAAGCCCAAGCCCUAGCCCGAGCCAAAUGCCCACUAAUUCUCAACCUAUCCCAAGCCCAAUCUCUUAUCCACCAAGUCAAAAUCCAUUGAGCUCAAAUCCACCAUCUUAUCCUACGAACCCGACUCCACUCAUUUAUCCGCCUAGCCCAAGUCCAUUGAGAUCACUCCCCCCAACUUAUCCUCCUAGGCCAAGCCAACUUAUUUAUUCUCCUAGUCCAAGUCCGUUGAGGUUGAUCCCACCUACUUAUCCUCCGAGUAAAAGCCCAAGCCCAGCCACUCAUCCUCCAAGUAGCAGCUCAACUCCACCGACUUAUCCUCCAAGUGCAAACCCACACGUAAAUCUUUCACCAAGUCCAAGCCCAAGCCCAUCCACCUACGCUCCAAGCACAAGCCCUAGUCCAGUUCCACCAACUUAUCCUCCAAGUGCAAGCCCAAGCUCAUCGAUCUCAAGUUCACCAACUUAUCCUCCAAGUACAAGCCCAAAUCCAUUGAUCUCGAGUCCACCAACUUAUUCUCCAAGUGCAAGUCCAAGUCGUUCAAUCUCAAUUCCACCAACUUACCCUCCAAGUGCAAGCCCAGGCCCAAGCCCAUCAAUCACGAGUCCACCGGCGGCUAGUCCCAGCCCAAUCCCAUCUAGUUCAAUCUCAAUCCCACCCACUUAUCCUCCUAGCCUAAGCCCAAGCCCAAGCCCAUCGAUCACGAGUCCACCGGCGGCUAGUCCCAGCCCAACCCCAUCUAAUUCAAUCUCAAUCCCACCCACUUAUCCUCCUAGCCCAAGCCCAAGCAGCGCUCCUUCAGGGCUUAGUGUCGGCUACUACAAGGAUCGAUGCCCCAAAGCCGAGUACAUUGUGAGGGAGGCCGUGAAGAGUGCCAUAGACAGUAACCGUGGCACGGGCGCGGGGCUCAUUCGUUUGUUCUUCCACGACUGCUUCGUCCAGGGGUGCGAUGCCUCUGUUCUCCUCAACACGACCGGCUCCAGCGAGCCGACGGAGAGGGCGAGCGCGCCCAACCAGAGCCUCCGCGGCUUCGAGGUGAUCGACGCGGCCAAGGCGGCGCUCGAGGCCGCCUGCCCCGGCGUCGUCUCGUGCGCGGACAUCGUCGCCUUCGCCGGCCGCGACGCCACCUUCUUCCUCAGCAGCAACAACGCGGUCGACUACUUCGACAUGCCGGCCGGCCGCUACGACGGGCGCGCGUCGCUCGACAGCGAGGCCCUCGCCAACCUUCCCCCGCCGUUCGCCAGCCUCGAGAAGCUAAAGGAGAUGUUCGCUGCCAAGGGGCUCGACGCCGAAGACAUGGUCACGCUCUCCGGCGCUCACACCGUCGGCCGCUCCCGCUGCUCGUCCUUCUCCGACCGCCUACCGCCCCACGUCUCUGACAUGAACGCCACGCUCUCCGGCACGCUGACCUCGCAGUGCAACGGCGGCGACGCCACGGUGCCGCAGGACGCGGUGACACCCGACGGCCUGGACAGCCAGUACUACAGGAACGUGCUCAACCACGAGGUGCUCUUCGCGUCGGACGCCGCGCUGCUGGCGUCGAACCAGACGGCGGACAUGGUGUCCGCCAACGCGUUCACGCCGGGGCUGUGGGAGACCAAGUUCAUGGCGGCUAUGGUGAAGAUGGGCCGCGUCGGAAUCAAGACCAGCGCCGACGGCGAGAUCAGAGAGAAGUGCUGGAUGGUCAAGGCCAACUAAUAACUAUAUAUCUAAUCAGAUGCACUGCCACAUGACCAAGAGCAUGAGGUGUCCAUAUACAUGCAUGCACGCCACGUUAAAUUAAAUCAUGGUGUUGAUUUAGUAACAUGGUGUAUACAUUUUUUAUUUUUUAGAGUUCAACUGUAUAUGUUCAUUCUUACAGUACAUAUAUAAAUUAUAUAUAGUGGAAUUAUU